AUGCAAUCUGAAAAGACACCCCUCCACGGGCCCAUCAAUGAGAAGACCCAACCCUACCUUUUUGCGAUCAAGCAUCUCAUUGACGCCCGGGCUGGUGAAAUCUUGCACAAAAGCAACUUUGGCGGUGGCUGGGAAAAAUGGCUUCAAUUAGAAGUAGCCGCCGAGCUCGACAUGCCUCACACGAUUGACGUCCUUUGUGAGCAGUCCAUCUGGCCAGGCUCGUCAGAUCGGGUUGAUCUCUGGCUGCAGGACCCACAGGCAAAUUAUCAAAACCUGAAUCCAGCGGAUAUUGCAGAGGAACAGUGCUUAUUCCAACUGCGGCGCCGGCAGGGGUUCAUACAAAAGCACGAUAAUGAGCAGCUGAAGAACCUUGGCCAGAUACAUAAGCUAGGCCAGCAAGUCGGAAUUGAGUUGAAGUGUCGCACGUACCUGCAGAAGCCAGCCGACCUGCAAGCCAAAUUCCUGGAAGAUGUGGUGAAGAUUCAUAAUAAGCCGCUUGUUUCGUGUAAGUUAGUGGCGUUGGCGGUGACGGUCGAUGAGUUGGACGUGCACCGAGAGCUUUCGAAGAAAUUCGGGAAUGUCGAGGUUUAUUGGGAUCGUGUGUCGGAUCAUGUUCCGAUAUGGUUGCUUUAUGUGGAGGUUCCUUGGAAGGUUUGA